CCAAGCUGGCCUCCCCGGCCCCCUCCCUGCCCCCGGCUCCAGACCUGGACCCAGAUCCGGACCCAGACCCCGAUUCCGAGCAGCGGCACACCCACGAGGAGCAGUAUGUGGGCGAGGGCGAGUCCAGCCAGCUUGACACACAACCGGCGCCGCCCGACUGCAGGGACGCCGAGACCAUCACAGAUGUGUGCAACAGUACUGACUUGCCGGAGUUUGAGAUCAUCAGUCUCCUGGAGGAGCAGUUGCCGGUGUACCGGUUGCGGGCUGACACCGUCUACGGCUACGACCACGAUGACUGGCUCCACACUCCCCUCGUCGCACCGGACGCCAGGCUCGACCUGACCACCGAGCAGAUCGAAGAGACACUCAAAUACUUCCUGCUAUGUGCAGACAGAGUGGGCCAGAUGACGAAGACCUACAAUGACAUCGACGCUGUCACACGUCUGUUGGAGGAGAAAGAGAGAGAUUUGGAGUUGGCUGCAAGGAUUGGCCAGUCGCUCCUUAAGAAGAACCGAACUCUGACUGAGCAGAAUGACUAUCUGGAGAUACAAGUGGGACAAAUCACAGAGGAGGUGGCCCAGCUGCAUCAUGAGCUGAACCUGAAGGAUGAGCUGCUGCAGUUUUACACCACGGCAGCCGAGGAGAGCGAGGACGAGUCCAGCGGCUCCCCGACGGGUAAGAAGAGUAAAGUGGAAUUGGCCUCAGGCGGCUUUGUGAGUGACACACUCCAGAGGAAACUCAAGGAGCUGGAAGAAGAGAACCUGUCGCUGCGCUCAGAGGCGCACCACCUCAAGUCAGAGACCGAAACCUACGAAGAAAAGGAGCAGCAGCUUGUGAACGACUGUGUGAAAGAACUCAGGUUGUCCAGCCUCCAGAUCUCUGCCAUAGCGGAGGAACUGGCUCGUAAGACCGAGGACGCCUCGCGACAGCAAGAGGAGAUCACACACCUCCUCUCUCAGAUAGUGGAUCUGCAAAAGAAAGCCAAAUCAUAUGCAGUGGAGAAUGAGGAGCUCUCUCAACACCUGUUGGCAGCUAAAGAUGCCCAAAGGCAGCUCACAGCGGAGCUCCAGGAGUUGGAGGAGAAGUACUCAGAGUGUAUCGAGAUGCUGCAUGAAGCUCAGGAGGAGCUGAAGAACUUGAGGAACAGGAACUACACUGCAGGAGCUCCUCGGCGCUACCACCCCAUGGGGCUGUACCCGAUGGAUUCUCUGGCAGCUGAGAUCGAGGGGACGAUGAGGAAGGAGUUGAGUCUGGACGACCCCGAGUGUGAAGAACAGAAAAUCCAUCGUAAGCGUGUUUUUGAGACGGUCAAGAACGUCAACCAGACGGUCCGUCAGCGUUCACUGACUCCAACCAGCGCCAACAUCCCGGGCUCCAACCAGUCUCUGUCCGCUCGCACGUCGCCCCAGUCCAGCGGCCUCUCCACGCCCCGCUCCAGUAUGUAUGGAGGUGACAUCAGCGGAGACGGCGUUGCCCUUGACAACCGCACCCAGAGCAUCCUGAUGGAGACGGCGUCUAAUCAGGAUAGCAGCACAGAGGGCCAAGACAAGAAGGCGAGCGGCGCCGAGGACCUAAGGGUGGCCCUGCGCCGCCUGUCUCUGCGUCGCCAAAACAACCUGAGCGAGAGGCGCUUCUUUGAAGAGGAGAGGGAGCGAAGGCGGGGAGGACACGGAGGCCUGCACGAUGCUCUGGGCCAGGAGAGCGUGAUGACCCCCUCAGAAAGCAUCAUGUCCCUCGGGAACCUCCACCUGUGGGCUACACGCGGGCCCUACCUCCCUGACAAACUCCAGAUCGUCAAACCACUUGAAGGCUCUGCGACCCUGCACCACUGGCAGCAGUUAGCUCAGCCUCACCUCGGUGUGAUCCUGGACGCCAGGCCAGGAGUCGUGUCAAAGGGUUACAGACCCCUUGAACUAGAGCUGGAGCAGGUUUAUCCAUGGGGGGGCUUUGAAGAGGACGAACCAGGUGAGCAAUACUUCCAGAAUCUGCCCACGUCCUCAGCCUCUGGCUCUCCGGCCGUGGCCUCCACCUCUACCACCAGCGACGCCGGCCACGGGCAGCCUCUGCCCAGCAUCGCUCCACUGUCUCCUCCCUCUCCAUCCCCGUCGCCACAUCUCAGCAACACUGACGCCAUUGCUGCAUACUACCCAGGUAAAUGCAUGGCCCACACCAGCUCUACCUACACCUUCACAACCUGUCGGAUUCUUCACCCGACCGAUGAGCAGACGCGGGUCACACCGAGUCUAAACCCAGUCCCAGCGUCAUCCUCCUGUGUGAUGACCAGCACUCUGCUGGGUACGCCUGCUGCAACACCCUGCACACCCCGAAGGCUCAGUCUCAGGCCCUCCGAAUCCUCAACUAACCUCAGAGAUGCAACACGUACCACCAGCACCUCCCUGGGGUUAGUGCGCCUUCUCCAGGAGAGAGGGAUCUCAGCAGCGAUGUAUCACCAGAGACAGGGCCUGGAGCAUGGUCAGGGCAGCGGAGGAGUUUUAUUCAGCACCUCCAUCGCCCCUAACCGAGCGCCCAACCCCGACCCUCUGCGCCCCUCUACCCCUCCCAACUCGCCCACGGGACCGGGAGCUUCAGCUGUGCUAACCUCUGCAGGUUUCGACUUCAAGAGUCCCUCUUACGACAACUUCCUGGCCUCUAAACCGGCCCGUUCCAUUCUGAAGGAGGUGACUGGGGGGAUGAGGGGCAGGCAGAGAGGGAGGGACUGCGAAAGCCAAACAGACGUUAGCGUCACCGUCCACAACCUCAACCUGCUGGACAAGGUGAAGCGGCUGGGUGUAGCUGGAGCUUCAGGGGGAAGAGCAAUGAGUCCCAGCCCCAUGCUGGGUCCUCUGGGCGGGCUUCGCAGAUCCGGCUCCCCUUUCGGGCCCGAUGGAAUAAGGAGGAACCGGAGUUACCCUGCCAUGGUCGGGGCCAGCAUGGCCAUGAAAGCCCCUGGGCCCCAGGAGUAGUCUGGACUGCUGCUGGCCUUCAGAGUAACCACGUUACGGAGCCAGGCAGGGUCAAGGACUGACUGUUGAUCAGUCACCUGGAGCCCAAACACUGACACUGUUCAUACUGUACGACAACGACGUGGCACUACUGACCAGUUUCUAAUCACUACUGUGGUUCCACACUGACACAGACAACUUUAUAGUGCUUUUAGGUGGCGACUCAUGCUUGAAUCAAAAGCAAAGUAACUGAAAGGGGUUGGUUCACCCAAAAUAGGAAAAAAAAAAAAAACACAUUUUCUGACUUGCCUCUACUUGUACGUAGCCAUGCAGGUAGUUUUGAUUUUAUAUGCUCAGAUUUUAAGAUAUCUCUGAAACGUCUCAGCCAUUCCUCAAUAGAUACAAAGGGGAUGAUCAAUCAUGAAGAUGGAAUUUACUUUUCUGUUUGUGUAUGGAUUUGAUAUGUUAGCACACUUAACACAACGACACGAGACUUCUCAACUUUCUACAAAGAAAGUGAAAUAACAUAACUAUACGUUUUAAAGUCUCCAGGGGAGGAAAUGGUCCAAACUGACAUGUCUCAACAUCUGUUAGAUUUUCCAAGAAAUUUGGUAGAGACAUUCAUUCCCAGAUGAUGAUGAUGAUGACGAUGAUGAUGAUUCUAAUAAUUUUGGUGAUCCCAUGACUUUUACUGAAGUGCCACCAUGAGGGUGACAUUUAGAUGUUGAUGGCUUGCCAUCAGAUUUUUAUAUUAAUUUGUCCAAUACUAGAUGUCUGAAAACAUUCCCACCUGCCUCGGCUGUACUUUAGUUUUAGUGUUGAUGCCAAAUCUUAGCCUGCUAACCCACUAAACUAACAAACAAUCUGCAUGGUCAUUGUGAGCAUGUUAGCACGGCGAUGUUAGCAUUCAGCUAAAAGCGCUUUGUUAGCUUUCUUAGUUUCAACACAGAUAUCUGAAAAUUUGGGCACAUAAAACCUUUUUUUAUGUAAUUAAAUUUUAUGUAAUUGGGUGAACUGACCCAUUAAUGGCAGAAUAGCUUAAAAGAGAUAAAUCCAAAAAACUACUGCUAGCUACUCACACCCCCCGGCUUCGGAGACUGACUCUGCUGGCUAGAUGUAGUACUCCCACUCUUGCCUUUUCUGAAUCACAGCCACACAAUCCCACGCACAUACCAGACAUACAAUGUGCCAUCGCACUAGUUGGCUAGUUACUGUAGCACUAAACCAUGCCUUUCUUCCUCAAUAUUACUGGAUUAAAAUCCACAUUUUAUAAAUAAUUGAAAAUUUACACCAAAUACUUUAAAACAUGUCAUCCCUACUCUCACUCUCUCCCCUCUUACCCUUUACUAAAUCUCCCCUGAAGUGAUUAGGUGUGAGCCCGACAAGUCACUUUCAACAAAUCAUUGAAUAGAUUUUAUGUCAGUAUUAAAGAUACUUUGGUUUAGUUUCUUAAUUGGCCAUUAGACAGUGAAGCUGAUGGUGCUUCCAGUGAACUGGACAGAUCAAUAUGCAGAAAGAGGACGGAGAGAGGGAUGAGGGAAGUGAUUGUGGCUAAUCAGACGUUGUGGUCGGAAGCUCUUCGGACAUUUUUCCUUACGGUUUCCUUGGUGAAAUGAAGCAAUAUAGUGCCUCGACCAUCUGUCUUUGAUGAUUUAUGUUCUUCAUGCGAUGGAUUAAGGGUGUGAAGUAGCUGUGACAACCAUUGUUGCACUCGUGUUUAUUUAUUUUGAAAAUCUUCUUCCUGAAUUUAAACUAUUUUUCAUAUAAAAAAAAAAACUAUGUUGUCUCACACACUGUAUAUACUGUCCAUUGUCAGUGAAAUGUCAGUAAUGACACACUUAUAAAGGAACUGUUAUGUGUACCACACAUCACUGUAAGUAUUGGGGUUGAGCAUGUAAUCAGGGGAUUUUCCAAAUAAAAAAAAUCAUCAAACAGUAAA